GCCCCCUCCGAGCCCCGCCACCGCCCGCAGCCGCCGCGGCCCUCACGCCCGCCCGUGUCUGUGGAGGAUGGUGGCGGCUCGGGGUGCUGCCGCCCGCCGCGGAGCGCUGCUGCUACUGCUCACCGCCCUGGGGGCCUGCCGCCUGCGCCUCGCCCGUGCCGCGUCGUGUCCCCGGAGCCUGGACUGUGUCCUGCAGCGCCGGGAGUUCUGCCCGCCAGGGUCAGGCGCCUGCGGCCCCUGCCUGCCCCCCUUCCAGGAGGACGACCGCGGGCGAUGCGUCCAGAAGCAGCUCUCACCCAGCGGACGAACGUCCAUUCCCAGCUUGGAGAAAGAAAUCGAUUUUCUGGCGGAUGUGCUGGCCAGGCAAGAGGCUCCUCGUCCCCACCCGCUGCGGGAUGCCAAGCCCAGGACCACUCUGGUCCCUGCCGGCAGCAGACAGCAUGUGGCCAGUGGGCUGAAAGAGGGGCUUCUGCAGCGGGGUCACGCCAGCGGCAAGGCAGCUGCCACCCUCCCCACCUUCACCACCGCCACGGUUCAGAAAUACCCAGUGGAGGCAUCCCCCAUCCCUUCAAAUGAUGACAUGGUGCUCGGGCUGAUCGUGGUGUGCACAGUGGCUGGGAUCUCAGCGCUGAUCGUGGCUGCAGUGUGCUGGUGCAGGCUGCAGAAGGAGGUCAGGCUGGCGCAGAAAGCAGACUACUCAGCACAGAGAGUGGCCAGUCCCCUACCCUAUGACAAGAUCUCGGUAAGGCGCCCGCAUCCCUCCUUUCAGGGUGUUUGGUGCUCGGGCCAGGCAUGUACUCUGCUUGAGGGGCUUCCAACAUGGUGGGAGACACCUGCCAGCUGGGCUGGGGUCUCUGCAGCCCUGCCUCCACGGCUGUCCUUGCUCUCUCCGCAGCCUGGGGACAAGACGCUGGCUCAGAGUGCCCAGAUGUACCACUACCAGCACCAAAAGCAGCAGAUGCUCUCCAUGGAGAAGCAUAAAGAGGAGCCCAAGCUGCCAGACUCAGCGUCGUCAGACGAGGAGAAUGAGGAUGGAGACUUCACCGUGUAUGAGUGCCCCGGGCUGGCUCCGACCGGAGAAAUGGAAGUGAGGAACCCGCUGUUUGACGACUCCUCCUUACACCCCUCCAACCCCAAGUCACACCAGUAACACCCCUCCUCUCCUCCGCCCGAGCUUGCUACGGACUGUAUGCCCAAGCCCAGCGGGGCGGCCGCACCGGAGGGGCACCCGCAGCCGGGCGAAGGGGCGCAGACCCCGUGCUGCCAGACUGUUCGACGCCUGCCCAAUAAACACCCACUAACAGCUAUGGGAGGGGGGGAUCGCCCCCAUUUCCAGCGUCCUUGUCCUCUUUGCUGCUGUGAUCGCGUCCCUGCCUUGCCCUUGGCUCGCUGCUCUCGGGGACACGCCAGCCCCUGCGCGGGGGGGCAGCUGCUGCCUUGGCACAGACACUGGGGGGGCCACAGCGCUGUCUCUGCAUUUGGCUUUGAGGAGGGGGCUGCUGCCCUGGCUGCGGCUGGGCUGAUGCAACAGCAGCUGGGAAAGGGCUGGAGAGGGGGUCAGAGAGCGAGAGAGGGCCCAGGGGGGUGGUCUUGGCACACUGGUGUCUGCAGGGGAAGGCAUCAAGGCUGCCAGCCUGCCCAGAGCCCCCCCUGCCAGGGGCAGAGACUCUCCCUGGAGUGGGUAGCAUCGCUAAAGGCUCUUGUGCCUGGUCUGCCCCCUCCGCCCCAGCCCAGGCAGCCCCUGGCAGCAGGGUCCCACUCUGGGAGCCAGGGGCAGGAGCAGGCUCAGGCAGGCACUGGCAUCGCUCCCUGGGAUGCACCUUCAGAUACCACCCUGCACGGUGCCUGGCCAGGAGCACCUCUUCUAGGGGUGCUGGUCCUCGGGGGCCCUGGGGCACAGACAGUCCCGCUACCACUGUGGCCUGGGACCCCAUGCUGGGCUGUGCCAGCGGAGGUGGAAGAUUUCCUCAUGGCACCCCUGGGUGCUGUCUGGGCUCUCACCCUGGGCCUCUGUGGGGUGAACACUGAGAAAAGGCUCAGGGUUUUGGUUUUAAGCCUGUGUGGCCAUGGGGGAGGAAGGAGCAAGACUGGAGGUGGGGAGGAGGCUCAGGAAGCUGGGAGGGGUAGCCAAGGCACGGUGGCUUUGCUGCACUGCUUCUCUGGCCCAUAGAGCCCGUGCCCUUUGCAAGCAACCCUGUGGAGCCCGGCCCAGCGCUCUCUCCGGGCAUCCCCCUGUGGCAGGGGACAGUCUCCACCGUACCAUCCCGGGCACCUCCCGGGCUCCAGAGACCCCCUGCGCCCCUCCACUGCCCGUGUCUGCAUCCAGGCUCACCAGCCCCCACCACCAAGUCCUUGCUCAGAGUCCAGCACUGUUCCCCAAAGCCUCCCCGGUGUGUUGGCCACGACACCUCCAGCGUGAGGCCUGGGUCGUGUUUUGGGUUGCUUUUCACAGAUGUGGCUUCAUGUCUGGACCCUGGCACAGAUCGCCACAGGUGGCCUCAUGAAUGCAUGGGAGCUGUUGCACGUGCGGGAGCCAUUGCACGCUCAGGAGCUGUUGCACAUGCAGGCAGGCAUGGGCAGGGCAGGCAGCAGCGGCAGGGCCCUGUGCCAGUGAGCGGUAGUGGUGUGGGACUGUCCCCAGCGGGGCCGCUGGCAGAGGCUGUCACUGCACAGAUUGUUUCCCUGCACCCUGCUCCCUUACCCCUGGGCUGCUGCCCUUCUCCCCACUCCCCUUGUUGUUGUAUGGAUUGUAGUUCUUUUAAAAGAUUUUAUUAAACAACCAUGUUUGAGACCCAUG